CAAUACACCCACGAUUCCCUUACACUUAAAUCUGAUCAGAAUGAAGGCAUUCAUUUAUUCGGACAGCCAUCCAAAACGUCAGCCUCACGCACUGCUUCUGCCACCAGUGCAAAUCCCAGUUUUGUUUGUCCCGGUCAUGUGAUUGCCGUGAAUCCUGCUCAGCUGGCUGAGGAGCUGGAUGUCAAAGAAGAAAGUAUUGCUACACUGUUGGCUUACCUCGAGUUAUCUGAUAUUCCAGCGGCCACUGGCCAGACACGACCACUCAUCAACGUACUUCAACCAAACUACCGAGUAGGCAAAUGUUUUGACUUUUAUUUGCGACUUUUUAUAUCUUAUUCUCCAUAUGGUCUUUGUAGAUUACUUAUUUUGUAG